AUGGAUCGCGCGACGAGCGAGCGCGACGCGCGGAAGAAGCGCGUGCUGUGCUUGCACGGAUUCGCGCAGGACGCGGCGACGUUUCGAGCGAAGACGGGGGCGAUUCGAAAGGCGCUGAAAUCGAAGUGUGAGUUUGUGUAUUUAGACGGAACGCACGACGUCGCGGGCGCGUUUGAGGCGUCGUCGAGCGAUUUACGAGCGAUGGGGGCGACGGAUGAGGCGUCGGCGUCGCUGGCGUGGUUCUUGAGCGGGGAGAAUAGGGCGAGUGGGGCGACGAAGUCGACGGACGCGGGCUGGACGCGACCGGCGCUGAGCGCCGCGUACGAUGGAUGGGAAGGCAGCGCGGCUUCCAUACGGAAAAUGUGCGCGGAAUGUGGGCCUUUCGAUGGUAUCGUCGGCUUUAGUCAGGGCGCAACCGCAGCGGUCGCCGCUAUAGCGGAUGUGGAGGCGUUGCGGGCGAGCGUGUCGUUCGUCGUCUUGGUCGCCGGCUUCGAGCCGCGCGAUCCGAAUUUCCCUGUUCCCACGACGCCGUUGGCGGUAAAAUCAUUGCACGUGCACGGUGAUAAAGAUAGUUUGGUGACACGCGAGCGCGUGCGAGCGUUGGCCGAUCACUUUGACGCGAAUCGGCGCGAAUUUUGGUUUCACGACGGUUCGCACGGCGUACCGAGCACGCCGCUCGCCAAAUUCGUCAAAUCUUGGAUCGACGCGUAA